AUGAAGCUCCCGUUGAUUUACGCUGCUGCAGUGUCAUCGCUGUCCCUUCUACCGGCCAUCCGGGCCGGCUCGUAUAGCAUCAACCAGACGAAUAUUGGCUCUAACUUCCUGACCAACUUCGAAUGGGAGGAUAUCGCGGACCCUACCAAAGGCAGAGUGCACUAUGUCAAUCAAUCGACUGCGCUUGCUAAUAACCUCACAUUCACGUCCGAUGACACGUUCAUCAUGCGGGCCGACUACACCACGAAUCUUACCGCUAGCGGAAGUGGGCGGAUGAGCAACCGCAUCAAGAGCUACGCGCAAUACAGGACGCACGUCGCGGUAUUCGACAUCCGACACAUGCCCCAGGGCUGUGGAACUUGGCCUGCGGUAUGGGAGGCUGACGACCAAGUCGGGACCUCCUCAGGGGAAAUCGAUAUCUUGGAGGGUGUCAAUGACAUUGCGCCAAACAGCGUUACUCUGCAUACUACUGGUAGCUGCACCAUGCCCGAGAACAGGGCCCAAUUAGGCACAACGCUCUCUACGAACUGUAGCUCGUCAGACACGAUAUCGGAUGGGAACAACGGAUGUUCAGUUGACGCGCCUUACACCGCGUCAUACGGGAAGGUCUUCAACACGUACGGAGGCGGGUACUAUGCCAUGGAGCGUACGGCGGAGUAUAUCCGGGUCUGGUUCUGGUCUCGUAACGAUAGCAGCAUCCCGUCCGAUAUCACCUCCGGAGCGUCCGCAGUCGACACAGACAACUGGGGAAAGCCGAUUGCUCUUUUUCCUAACACGGACUGCGAUAUCGGAUCUGCGUUUCAGCGCAACAACAUCAUUAUAAACUUGACAUUCUGUGGUAGUUGGGCUGGUAACUCGUUCAGCAACAACGGCUGUCCGGGGAACUGCACAGAUUAUGUUAAUUACAACCCAUCGGCCUUCGAGGACGCGUACUGGGAUAUUGCCGCGGUUCGGAUCUAUCAACCCUCUUCCAAUUCCAGUUCGAGUAGCGGUGUUUCGUUGCUGACCAAAGGCGAAGGUCGUCUGGAGACUGUUUCGUCUGUGUUCUUCACGGUUGUUGCGGGCACCGGAUGGUUGUUUUUGUAG